AUGGCUCACUUUACAAACGGUCUUCUGAAAAACAUCGUCAUCAGAACUCAUUUUGACAGCGUCAGGAGGAAACAGUGCCUUCAGUAUCUGAACACUCUGAGAACACUGCAAUAUGACGGGUAUAAGACGGUGUAUUUUGGGGAAACUGAGAUCCCAGAAACUCUUGUCACUGGGGAAGAUUUUAGUGACGGCUAUUACAUGCACACCCCAACCUGGUGCAUUCUGCAUGCUGGUGGCAGUCAAGGAUGGGUGCCUUGGAAAUACCGGAUGUUCCUAAGAGAUGACCUAUGUAUCAAACAGGAAGACAGCCUCUUCUUCGAAUUCUGUGACGUUGUGAAGAAGGCCUAUGGGAAGUGCGCCAUCGUGGUCAAAGGAAGGAGGCAGCAAGAUGACAUGAAGCCAAAGACAGACAAGGAGGGGGAGAACCAGGCCUGUGCCGCAACAAGCAUUAAUUUAACAAGCAUCGUGUGCUCCCCCGGAGUGGCCAAGUCCUACGGCCAUGAGCUAGUCUCUCUGCCUUCCCCCUAUAAUUACCUGAACCCCUUAGACUCAGCCUGGUCUUCCGUGAAAUGGUUUAUCAUCAACAACAGAAAAGAGUUUUGUCUGCAGUCUGUCGACAACGUCUACACCUACCAGUAUAUACUCUUCAGCAAUUUGAUUAGCAAAGGGAUUGAAAAGGUCAGCGUGAGCAAGUGGAAGACCCUGACCAACAAAGUGCGGCGGUGGGAGAACUACUAUCUCGGCAAGUUUUCUUAA